GAACAUGUGUCAGUACACUGCCGUUGAACGGUCGAGUUGUAGCUGUCGAAUUACGCAACGGCAAGCGCCGAGCUCCGCAAUUCGCGUCGAGGACAUCGGAUACAGCUGAGCUUGCAUCAAUAUAGCUUAUUGCAUUGAUAUCUAGCUGGACUGUGAGCUGCAUGAUUGAAGAUAUGCUCGCAAGACUGGCACGUCAUGCAUCUCCACCGCAAGUGACCGCUGCUGUACAAAACCUACCUGCUACAAAACACGCUUCAGUCCUCGUCUUGCUCUAUCCGUCGCCAACGCAUGCUGAUGAUCUUGAAGUCAUCCUGACACUGCGCGCUAGUCAUAUGCGAUCGCAUGCUGGCGAUGUCAGCUUUCCUGGCGGCCGCAGGGAUCCCGGUGAGCAUGCUUGGCAAUGCGCCCUGCGUGAAGCGCACGAAGAGAUUGGGCUAUCCCCGGACACACCGUUCCGGCGCAUCACCAUUCUGCCGUAUUAUCUUGCAAAGAACAAUUUGCUGGUCAGUCCUUGUGUGGCCUUUAGCCCGACCAAUCCGCAUGAUCGGUGGACUCCUGUGCCAAACUUGGAUGAGGUAGCAGAGAUAUUCAAUAUUCGGCUCUCACAAAUCUUGCAGGGCGAGGGGUAUGAUGGUCGUUGGCUCGACUGGCAUGAUAGUCGCUGGAAGCUUCACAAGUUUCAGCUGCAUGGUCGGCAUGAUGAGGUUGAAGCGCCGGAACCCAAAAUUGUCUGGGGCCUGACAGCACGGAUACUGGUCGAUGUGGCGCGAUUGGCAUACGGCAAGAAUCCGACGGUCUAUGACUUUGCAGAUGAGCUUGGCGAUUCUGAUCGCAUAGAGCGAGCAGUGCGUGGUGGCCACUUUGAUGAUGCCCCUCGAAAAGUACGAGCCAAAACAGCCAACAAGUCUGGCGACACGGAGGAUACAGUGCGUCGAAAGAUUCAAAGAGGUGCUCUAUAGAUGUCAUGAUAUACGUUACACUUUGCCGUCGCUCGCUUUCU